AUGUUUCGGAUUAUUUCUGCAAUCUUUUUAAUUCAUUCAUAUACUCAGGCGCAUUUGUCAGCACCAAUUUCACCAUAUAUUGGUUCCAUUCCUGCGCUUGCAAAUGUCAAAACAUAUGAUCAAUCAUUACAAAGAAUUAUUGGCUCUGCCAGAAAAUACAACAAUGGCUUUUUUUGGCCUCCACCUUAUCCACUUGUUGCUAAUACCUUAGCAAAAGAAAGUUUACAAUCUUUUUCUGAUUUUACUGGAUUUGGCUUGAAUGAUUUAAGAUUAAAUAGCUUAGGUGAUUUUAAUUUAAAUGAUAUAACCUCGGCUAAUUUACUUGGAAAUAUGCAAAUGAUUCAAAUUCCACUUUUAUCUUCGUCAUCUACACAACAACAAUGUCAAGCACCCUGUUUUAUUUGUUCAUCACCACCUCAUGCAUCAAGUUGCAGUCAACAAAUUAAUCAACCACAAUUUAUAUUCAAUCCAAUGCAAACUUCAUUAUCGCCAUCAAAUCAAUGUUGUUGUUGUAUUCGAAUGAAUAAAUGA